AUGUUUGAUUAGAAGAUAUUAUCAUCAAUGUUUUUCUUUUGGAUAGGAAAAUGCUGUUGCCAAAUUGUUUGUCGAUAAUUUUACCAUAUUUGUUCAUUAACAUUAUAAAUGGACAAAUUUUGGAUAGAUUUAUAGAUAAUUUAGCUUGUCGUCGUACAUCCAACAAUGGAAUUUAUGGUGAAUGUAUGCCACGUAGAUGUUGUCGAUCAUUAUCAGCUGUUCGAAAUUUAUGUCUCACUUCAUCUGAUCAUAUUUGUUGUUAUGGAGAUGAUAUUUGUAAUAUGGAUAGUGAUUAUAAUCGAAGAUUUCCGGUAGCAUCAGCAGCAGCAGAAUCGGCUAUUAUCCCUGUUGACAAUGAUUUUCUACCAAAUCGUGGAAUGAGAGACUAUUGUAAUCGAUUUAUGGUCACACGUGAAGAUUGGGGAGCAUUACCACCAAUCAAACGUGCAUAUCGUAUGCCAGUUCGUGUUGAUUAUGUUAUCGUUCAUCAUACUGGUGAUGAUGAUGAUCGAUGUUGGUCAUUGGAACAAUGUCGACAACGUCUUCGUCGUAUGCAAUCAUAUUAUCAACAUGAAAAACAAUUUCCCGAUAUACCAUGGAAUUUUUUAAUCAAUAAUCAAGGUGAUAUUUAUGAAGGUGUUGGUUGGGAUUCACAAGGUUAUCAUACUGAACAAUGGAAUGAUCGUUCAUUAGGUAUUGCAUUUAUUGGUGAUUAUGAUAUUCAAACACCAAGUACACGGGCAUUACGUGCUCUAACACAUUUAUUAGAUUGUGGUGUUGAACAACGUGUACUUGAUCAAUUUUAUCGUUUACGUGGUCAUCGUGAUAUGCGAACAACUAAUUGUCCAGGUGAUUAUCUAUACGAUGCAUUAAGAAGAAUUCGAUCACAAACAUCAGGAUCAAGAAAUCGUUUACAAAUUGGAAUCGUUAAUCCAAACGAUAAUGAUGAUUAUGAUUCGGAUGAUGAAAUAUUAUCACGUAGUGAUAUGAAUAAUACUCUUAGUAACAAAAAUGUUUAUAAUAAUCAAUAUUCUGAUUUAAAAAAUCAAUCAUUAUCAAGCUAAAUUUUAGUCUAAAUUUUUUUAAAAAAUAAUUU